CCUCCGCGUUCUGCCCCCUAUGGCUCGUCUAUCCGAGAAUCAUUCAUCGAAACAAUUCUUCCAGUACCGUCACUUCCCCUCCCGACCCCCCGAUCGGUCAGGUGUUAUCCAUUAUUUCCACGGUUUGCACCGAUUUUGACCGUCAGUUUGAUUACAGGUGCCAUUCGCGUUGGAUGGACGGUUCUAGUGCAUCUUACCGCGUUUUGGCGUUUUGAAGUUGCUCGUAGAUUAGAGACGGUGUGGACUCUCUGGAGAAGAGGAGGAAAUCUCGCGCGACUCGCUUUGCUCUCGAAGUGGACAGACACGUGAACAAUUUGUUGUUAUUUCAGAAUUUCGUCACUGUGAUGACUACUUGAUACCAAACCCUGGUACCUAAAAAUGAAGAAAACCAACAUAUCCCAUCUACUGCAAUCCAUCUCUGUUCUAGCUACCCUGAGAGUGAUCGUUAACGGGCAAACAACGUGUAAUGGCGGCUUGGGUCGAGUCGUUUACGAGAGACUUCCGGACCAACAGCUUCAGGGCUUCGACGACGAUGUGGUACGGGACUCUGCACCACCUUUUAGAGUCUUGGAAAAAUGUCAGGAAUUAUGCCUACGAGAUAGAACGGCGACGAACAAUUUAGUUCGCGCUUGCACGAGCUUCGAUUUCCAACCUGGCAGCAGAAUAGCUUCUUUCAGCGGGGCUGCGGAAUAUGAAGAAAGCACUUGCUAUUUAACGAGGGAACAGGCGCAGCCAGAAGGAAUUGGAAAUCUAAUGCUGGUGCCAAACAGCGUCCAUUUCACGGAAGUUUGUCUUGGCUCCGAUAGGAUCGAAAGAGAAUGUCCAAAUCGGCGUUACGUGUUCGAGAGACAUCCCAGGAAGAAACUAAAAUUACCACUGACAGAUAUCAAGGAAGUUAGCGCGGCGAAUAGAACAGACUGCGAGGAUAGAUGUUUGAACGAGUUCAGUUUCAUUUGUCGAUCCGCUACAUAUGACACUGCUUUAAGAAGCUGUGCCCUGAGUCGUUUCACCAGAAGAACGCAUCCUGAAUUAUUGGAAGACGAUCCAAAUUCCGAUUACCUGGAAAAUACUUGUCUCAAUGCGGAACGUCGUUGCGAUGGAUUAGCUGUGUUCGUCAAAGAAGAAAACAAGCGUCUUCGAGGGCCAUUCGAGGUCGACAUCUACACGAAUCUUACCCUAGACGAGUGUCAAGCCCUUUGUUUGAGAGCUGAGAAAUAUUUCUGUCGAAGUGUCGAAUUCGACGAGCAAACACGGCAAUGCAUUAUUUCAGAAGAAGAUUCUGUCUCUCAGAAGGACGAUAUCGGUAUAAGUAGCAGCCCCAGCCAUCAUUUUUACGAUUUGGUUUGUUUAGACAAUCAUCCGUCCAUAGCACGCGGUUCCGAAUACCCGGACAGCAGCUCCACGUCGCACCUUUUUUCCGAUGGACGACGACCAGAUACAGCGUUCCAGCGUUAUCGAAACUCUCGUUUGAGCGGUGAAUUUCACUCUGAGAUAACAGGUCGUAGCCUGAGCGAAUGCCUUGAUGAGUGUCUUCGGCAGACCAGUUUCCAAUGCAGGAGCGCCGUGUAUUCUGAACAUUAUCAUACCUGUCGAUUGAGUCGCUUCAAUCAACGUGACGGACACAGGAUCAUCUACGAUGCAGACUAUGAUUAUUAUGAGAAUCUUAUGCACCAAUAUUUGGAUGGGGACCGAGAUAAUCCAGGCUACAGACCAGACCCCCUAGGACAAGAUACCAAUUACGGCCGGCCUUCUUUGGGAAGACCUGGUUAUCCAGAGGACUACGACAAAGGAUACAGUAGCAGCGUGAAACCAGAUCGCUAUCCAGAUCGUUACCCAGACCGUCACACAGAUCGCUAUCCAGAUCGAUAUCCAGAUCGCUAUCCAGACCGUUACCCUGACCGAUACCCAGAUCGAUAUCCUGAAAAAUAUCCUGAUAAAUAUCCAGAUCGUUACCCCGAUAAAUAUCCAGACCGUUACCCCGAUAAAUAUCCGGACCGUUACCCCGAUAAAUUCCCAGACCGUUACCCCGAUAAAUUCCCAGACCGUUACCCCGAUAAAUAUCCAGAACGUUACCCUGACAAAUACCCCGACAAAUAUCCAGAUCGUUAUCCUGAUCGUUAUCCAGCUGAUAAAUAUCCCGAAAGGUAUCCUUUGAAUGGACAAUAUCCAAUUGGGGCAGCAGGCGAUACGUUUCCUGAUCCUAUAGAUCGAUAUCCAAUCAGUGAUCGAUUUCCAACGAGCGAUCGUUACCCUGUUAGUGAUCGUUAUCCAAUGGUAGAUCGAUAUCCAUCUUCGGAUAGAUAUCCAAUAUCUGAUCGAUUUCCAAGCAGAGGUGGUGAUCGCCGUCCUACUCAUCCUGAUCGAUAUCCUAUUCCAGACACUGGAAUAGACAGAUAUCCAACAAGUGGUAAUAGAUACCCUACUGGAAUUGGUAAUCGAUACCCAAUAUCUCCAGGUCGUUAUCCUAGCGAUAACGAUCGGUAUCCCAAUAGUAUAGACCGUUAUCCUAUACCCGAGGAUCCUCUGGAUCGGUAUCCAUCCGGUUUGGCAGGUGGCAGACCUCACGUCGAUCGGUAUCCUAUCAGUGAAAGGUAUCCUGAGAAGGAUCUUUAUCCUAAUCGAUUCCCACCAUCGUCGCAUGGAGGAUACUCUCCAACAUAUCCCGCGGAUGACAUCUACGGUCCUCAGUCUCAUCCAGACAGGAACCACUAUGGCGUAGGAGGACCCAGUCGUCCCUUAGGCUAUGGUGGUUAUAACAACGACGGCGCAAUAAUCGGUGGCGGUUACAUAGGCGAAGGUGGAGUGUACAAUUCGCGACCUUUCGGUACCAGCGGUGGCCCAAUUAUCGGUCGACCGCCUCUGGUAUCCAGAUGCGACGAACAAGACAACUUCCGACAAGUAGGACCUCAUACUAGGGUCCGUAAGCCAUUCGUCAGACGAUAUACAACAGCUUCCUCGUUGGCUCAAUGUGAAAGAGAAUGCGCCGACGCUAGAGACUUCGUGUGCAGAUCAUUCAAUUAUCGUCCCUACGCCGCACCCUAUGGAGCAGAACGGGACAACUGCGAGUUGAGCGAUCGUGACUCCAGGGACAUGGACAUGGGCAAUCCCGUGUACUAUGACACUGGCUCCGAUUACGACUUUUAUGAAAGGAAUAACGGCAGACAAGGAGCUGAUGCAGAGUGUCUCGACGUGAGUCAAGUGUGUAGCGAAGACGGAAUGGAAUUUACUUUAAGGACCCCGGAAGGAUUCAUUGGUCGGAUUUACACUUACGGCUAUUACGAUCGCUGCUUCUUCCGCGGAAACGGGGGAACCGUAAAUGUUCUUCGAAUCAGUGGUCCCCAGGGUUACCCCGAAUGUGGCACUCAAAGAUACGGCGACACGAUGACAAACAUCGUCGUGGUACAGUUCUCGGACUACGUGCAAACAGGAAGGGACAAACGCUUCAAUCUCACCUGUCUAUUUCGAGGCCCUGGCGAAGCUGUCGUCACAUCCGGCUACAUCGGUGCCGGAUCAGGGUCUCCGAUUCCGAUCGAGUACCUUCCAGCAGAAAAUACCCUAAGUUCUCGAGUACGUUUACUGAUCCUGUAUCAAGGAAGACCUACGACGACCAUAGCUGUUGGCGAUCCACUCACUUUUAGGCUGGAAGCUCAAGAUGGGUAUAAUUAUGUAACUGAUAUCUUUGCUACCAACGUCAUAGCAAGAGAUCCUUACUCUGGAAGAAGCGUUCAGCUCAUAGACAGAUACGGCUGUCCAGUGGACAAUUACGUAUUCCCUGGCUUGGAUCGUUUGAGGGAUGGUGACAGCCUCGAAGCACGUUUCAACGCUUUCAAAAUCCCCGAGUCUAAUUUUCUGGUGUUUGAAGCAACCGUACGAACAUGUCGAGAGGGUUGUCAGCCAGCUUACUGUUCUGGUGGUACCGGAAGGAGCGAGCCAUCCUUUGGAAGGCGCAGGCGAGACGUGGCGGAGAACGACACGAUCAUAGAAGAAAAUGAAAUAAGCACGAUAACGGAAAGUAAUGUAAACGAUACAUCCCCCAUGUUGAAUUCGACAAUUGUUGAAGACAGCAACGACGCAGAAGAAGAGGAGGAAGAGGAACACGUGAGAGAAAUGAUCGAGGUUUUGGACUCGAGGAUGGAUAUCGACGAGGAGACUAUGGUCGAGAGACAAACUACCAUUAUGGAGAACGUCUGCAUAACACCUAACGAGUACUAUGGACUUGUGACAGCAGUUGCGGUGCUCGUAGUACUCCUGGCAUCCGUGGUUUUGUUAUCCAUGUUAAUUUACAGAAAAUACGCUUACGCAGUGAUUACGAAGAACCGCAGAGUCGACAAAGCGUGUAAUCGAAGCAGUCAUUCGGACGACGCUUAUAGCAGUCGUGCAAAUAACUUCUCUUUCUUGAGAGCAGGUCUUCAGAAACCCUUUCAGUCUACGUCGAUCUCCAGAUCGAUGAGUAACGUGAUCGGUCAACGCGUGAGCUCGUCAUCGACCGCUCUGGAGGGUGCUGUGGGACUAUCAUCCAGCAGAAGAACCGGCUUCGACCCGAGCGAGCCGAUCUACACCGAUCCAUCACUGUUCGAAGUUGCUCGUUGCUCGUCGCCGAAACCUACCCUCGAUGAUAACUUUCAUCUCAUGUGAAGAUCAGAUUUCGUUAAAUCUUCCUUCUCGAAACACGUAUACUUAUCGUUAGUCCAACACUCAAGACUCGAAAACAGAAGGAUAAAAAUACAUGGACAGGUUUUUAAUAUACGAUGAUCAGAGAAAUAUAUCUUUGAUAUAACAUUUUAGAAUUAUUUGUAUUAAAUUGCAUGAUUCAUUAAUAGAGUUUGAUCUCAAUGAUAUUACAAUUGAACAAUACAUGCUAUAUAACGUUCCAAUAAUUUGGUUUCUAAACGAUUCGUAGGCGUCUUUGGUUUUAUCUUAGAAACACCUUCUAGAUUUCUUUUUACUUUAAUUCUUCUUUUCUGUUCUUUUCCAUAACUUCAAACACAGCUAGUCAAAUUCACUGACCACUGCCAGCUGCGACUGCCAUGUCGAUAAACUGACAUAUAUACUUUCACUGGUUUAGUAGAAGUGUGAACAGUUUAUCAAGAAUAUUAUUUAAACUAUUCUUUCAUAGAGACACGUACCAUGAAUAUGUAUCGACUCGU